CAAACAGUCGGACGGACGAGGGGAUUGUGGGAUAACGUUUCACCCAAACAAUCCCAGCGUUUUGCUGCAGAUUUUGCAACGUUGAUUAGACGCACGCCAGGUCGCUACCGCUAGAUCCACGCCACGGUGUCCGCUGAAAACUCACCCGCCGCGUCUUCGCACCAGUUUUACGCGCCCGUGUAUUUUGGAUGACAUACCAGCGCUCGGGUGGUUUGUUGCAGGUGCUGACUAACCCGGACGCCGCUGCAUUGAAGUGCUGUUGUGUUUUCAUAGCAUAUACCCGACGAUAAAAGCCAUCUCUGCCACAAACAUGCCAAGGUCCAACAGGCAAAAGGAAUACAAACCUGGAGAUCUUGUGUUCGCCAAAAUGAAGGGCUAUCCCCACUGGCCUGCGAGGAUUGACGAGUUACCCGAAGGAGCGGUGAAAUCCCCCUCGAACAAGUACCAAGUGUUCUUCUUUGGAACCCAUGAGACGGCCUUCUUGGGGGCCAAGGAUUUGUUCCCGUACGAUGAAUGUAAGGAGAAGUUUGGAAAAGCAAACAAGAGAAAAGGCUUUGCUGAUGGACUCUGGGAGAUUGAGAACAAUCCUACCAUCACACAUGAAAGCCAAGAGUCAUCAAAGAAGGACGAUGCGUCAGAAGAUGCUGAGAAUACAGGUACUUCGGAGAAAGCAGACGCGGAGGGCAGCAGUGAUGAGGAUGAAGGGGCCCUGGUCAUCGACGAGAAAAACGAUAAGGGAGGAACUAAACGAAAAGCAGAGGAAUCCACAGAGGCGUCUCCCAAGCGGCCGAAAGAUACAGGGGCGGAAGGUGAUUCUAAAGUAGUCAGCAACAAGUCUGACACAGAGGCCAAGCUCAACGAUGUGGCUGCUCCGUCCCCAAAAACUGAGAUGAAGCCGGAGGCUCAAGAAAAUGCUCCAGCAGGAGGCCAGCUAACAGCAGAGAAGCCGGUAACAGACAGUGCUUAACGUCAGCUCAGAAGAAAACCAAGAACCUUUGACUCUUCUCUGGAAUUUUAGCAUCACUGUGAUAACUUGCAGGAUGCCAGAUUUCAGCCGUUUGAUUAAUAGGUGAAUUUUAAAAAUGUAAGUGUUUGUAUUGAGAGACAAACAAAUCCUCAUUUGCCAUUUUUGGGAUAUCAUAUAUCCCAAAAACAAAAAAUUAGCUAAUCUGAUUUCAGUCAAUUUGCGUGAGCACUUUAAGGCUCAUUUAAAAACAGGAUUUUGGUGUGUAUAUAUUUUUUAUUUCUAAGUGCAAUUACAUAAUUACAAAGAUUGAAUGCUAAGUGAUAAAACACUUUUCAGUUUAGAGGGAAUAAACACUGAAUAUAUAGUAAAUAAAGAAAAUAUUUAAAUAACAAAUUUAUUCGACAAACCCCAUCUCACAUUACGCAGGAUACAAAACAAAUCUUCACCCAUUCUUUUAGAUUGACUUUAUAUAUUUUACUUUCAUCUGCCAUCUCAAAGACAUUGUUUUUGACAUUUUUUUCCCACUGCCCCGUUAUUGACAGGUUCACUGUAUGCUUUUAGGCAACGCUUCUGUGUAAUUGGUGUGCUUCAUUGCAGAUCAGCCAUUUAUCCCACAUGUGGUCUACUUUGCUUUUGAACAUACCGAAGCUCUAAAUCCCACUUGAACAGAUACUUUAACCUCUCUCUAACCGACGAUGUGCAUGAUUGAGAAGAGAGACAUUCCUGAAAGUUUGAUUUUGGAGUGGAGUCGUUUUGAGUGGAGAAGUUAAGAGGUUGAAAUCAUCUGGCAGACACCUCAUAUCCAUCAGCUCAACUCUUAAUUUCAUCUUAUUGCAUUUUUUAAAUUUAGCUCACAAUAAUGCUGACAUCGCUUAAUACUUGUGACGUAAUUGUAAAGAACACUUGAUUGCAUUCAAUAACUGGUUGUACUGUGUAGGAUUAUUUCUGCGCCGAUAGAUAUCUCUAUAUAGCUAUAUCUAUAUAGAUAUAUAAAUGCUGUUCUAUAUGCUAUAUAGAACAGCAUAUAUCUUGCUGUUCAUGCCAACAUAUGACCCGCACCAAAACAAAAUUGAUGAGGAAUAUACAGAUGGAACCACCUGCAAACUUUACUGUCCAACUGGUUUUUGUCCCUCCUAACUGGAAUAUGAGUCUGUUAUUCUUCAGUGGUCUUAUUAUUUUGGUUGUGAAACAAAUGUGUGAUAUUUAAAGGUGUGUUAUGGUCAGAUGUGUGCUUUGAAAACACAUUGGCCAAAGUAUGGUGUUAUUAUUUUCUGUCAUAGGUAAUUUUGGAUGUUCAGGUUCUUUUCCCUCCCAAUACUUGUCUUGCUUAUCAUGUUAUUUGGUGUCAUUGUUUCUGUGUUCUGUUUGGCUACAGAAGCCCAAUACUAUUAUGAACCUAAGGGAAAUCACAGCUCCUAAAAAUUUAAAUAUUUGAGUCUUGUGAAUAAGCUGCCCACUUUCUACCACAAAGUACAAAGUGUUCAAAACUUCGAAUGUCCCUCUCAGAUUUGAAGUUAAUUCCAACAGUAUAUUUUGGGUGUAAAUUCAUUUCUAGGUUUAGCCUUCUUUACUUUUCUUUUUUGAAGCUGACGUUCAUCAAAAUCUGCUGCUUAGUUUACUAUUGUAGUUGCCAGUUCAUUUAAUAAAAUGUUGAUUACAAAAAAUGCA